UUCUACUAACAAUCUAGUCGUUACCCUCGGCCAUACACUCAAGCCGGCAAUCUCGAUCACACUCGACUUGUAGCAAAAACUCGAUCAAUCGCCAUCCGUCCACUUUGUUACGGACGAGAUUAAGACCAGGAAACGAUCCUUGACCGGAGAAUAAACGUCAACCAUCGUGCAGUGAUGGACGUCGAAGACCUCAUAGCAUCGAUGCAUGUGGGUAGGGAGGGCUACGAGCUUAAAGCUUUGCAGGCUCAUCUAUCCAAGACGCUCAACUAUAAUCCCGAAACGACGACCUACCAACCCGUGCAAGGUGUGCACUACAUCCCUCCACCACCCGUAUCUUCUCUCAAUUCGAUGGCUUCCACAUCGUACGGCACAUCCUACCACCAAUACCCAACACAUCCCAACUUGGCAAGCAACCAGGGUCGAGCCGUGCGACCGCAAUGCACGCCGGUGCAUAGCUAUCGAGGGUUUCAGCCUUCGAACGACAUGACUGAGGAGAGGGGCCAGGAAGGACAGGCGAUGGAUACCGAUAUGGACGACGUCUCACAGACGGAUCAUGCACACGCCAGGAUGAAUAACAAUGGGUUCACAUACGAUUUUCAACGUCGCCUCCCAUCGCCGCCAAACGAACACGACGAGGGAGACUUCGCAGCGUUCUCAUCCGAUGCGUUCGCUCCUGUCUACGCAAGUGACAUGGGGUCACAAAAAUCCGACGAGGGAAAGUCGUCAGACGGAUGGAGCGCUUUCAAAGCCAAACCGCGCGAUCGCACGGACAACCCGGGAGUUGCGCAUGAUGAUGCUUAUCGAGGCUUUUCCACAUCGCCCUCUUGGACGCUCAAUGGGGCCGGAGAGCAGGGCAUGAGGGAUGGCCGAUUCGGUCUGCCGACCCCGCCAGAAGAAGAGCCUGAGCUGAAGGGAAACUGGUCAGGCGGGAGGUUGCGGAAUACCAGUGCUAGGGAGCACCGGAGGUUGCAUGGAGACGCUCAGAGUCGACGAAAGUAAUCAGGUCUGCGCUUGCUUCUGAGUCGCUCUUGUAUAGCAGCUUUGCCGAAUGAUUUGGAUUGUAGACACUUCGACCGUUGUAUACUCUAUCGAAUAC